AUGCCACGUAAGCUACGUAAGAAUAUACGUAAGAGGAAGGGAGCAUUGAAACAUCCAAUAGUAAAACUGACACCACAACAACAGUUGCAACAACAAAUGAUGAAUGACCCCACUAUGUUGCAACAAAUGUCAAGCAACCCUAUGCUUUUAAACCGAGUUAUUGGUGCACAGAGUGGAGGUUUAAGAGCGGCACUUUUAGCGAAAAUGGCAGGCUAUGGUGGAGCUGCAGACGGAACAGCUUAUAACCCUCAAAGUCAAAUGAAUUUGAGUUCACUCAAAAAUCAAAUAACAGAUGUCAAAAAGUCAAACAUAGACAUACAGAAACAAAUAAGUGAAAACGAAAAGAAACUAGAAUAUGACAGACACACAAAGAAACUAAAUGAGUUAAACGUAGAGAAAAAGAAGAAAGAAGAACAACUGAAAGAACUAAGUACAGAGGAAUAUGCGAAAAAAGUGUCAGAAAAAGCAGCAGAAGUAGCAAAAAUGGAACAAGAUGUUAUAAAUUUGAAAAACCAUACUACUCAAUAUAAAGUACUGAAAGAUGAAGAGAUAAAACAAAAAGCCAUGAAGACAUAUAUGGAUAGCGAUGAGUAUAAAAAAGAAGUUGAAGCAAAUGUAAAGGCAGAAAAACUUUUACAGUUGCAAAACCAAACCGUACAGUAUGAAAACUUAGCACAAGAAAGUAAAAAUAACGACGCAGCCAUGCAAAAGGCAAUGAAAAGCGCAGAUAUUAUAAAAGCUAAUAAUGACUGGUUAGAUGCCCAAGCCAACGCUAAAGCAGCCCAACUUAUAGGGUCAAUAAGGACAAAAAUACAAGCGGAUGAAGACA